UACAUACAGCUUAGGAAGUUUGGACCAGUGGGUCAGUAGCAUUAACGACUGAUCAGUACCUAAAUCCACUACCAAGAGUUUCAUCGCCCUUUUUUGUUCUCUAGUUGUUCCUUUUGGGUUUUUCUUCAUGGAUAUUAAUGGAAGCUGACUUCCUUUCCCCUUUUUUUCUGCUUCUUUCUUUCUAAUCUAGAUUUCUAGGGUUUGAUUUCUUUCCCAUUCGAAGUGAUUUUGGACAUCAAUUGGGUGUGUUUGAAAAGGGUUGCGUUCGAAUUAUGGCCAGAAAACAUGGUUGGCAGCUACCAGCUCAUACAUUUCAGGUGGUUGCUAUUACUGUAUUUUGCUUGUUGGUAGUUGCUUUCUAUGCAUUCUUUGCUCCUUUCCUUGGAGGACAGAUAUGGGAGUAUGUUUUGGUGGGCACUUAUUCACCAGUGGCGCUUCUUGUCUUUAUCCUAUACGUGCGUUGUACAGCAAUUAACCCUGCGGAUCCUGGCAUUAUGUAUAAGUUCGAUUCUAGGUUAAUCAAUGGAUCACAUCCACCAAAGCCUAGUUUGCCAGCUGAUUGUAGCAAAAGUGAUGAAAUGGUGGUGCGUAAUUCGCCAUCAUCAGUUUCUUUGAGUUCGAGCAAGAGAGGUUCGGUUGGAGAAAGAGCUGUUUCUAGGCAAUUGGAACAAGCUAGCACGAAAGUGCCUUAUUGUAGUAGUGUCGGAGCUGUUUUAUGCGGAGUAUUUGUAUAUGAAGAUUGUCGCAAACAAGAAGCUCCAGUUGAGCAGCAAGGAUCAGGUGAAGAAGCAUUGUACUGCACUUUGUGUGAAGCAGAGGUUAGGAAGUUCAGCAAACAUUGCAGAAGCUGUGAUAAAUGUGUUGAUGGAUUUGAUCACCAUUGUCGGUGGCUCAACAAUUGUGUAGGGAGGAAAAACUACAUAACAUUCAUAUCUCUUAUGGCCAUUAGCAUUGUUUGGCUUGUUAUUGAAGUUGGGAUUGGCAUUACCGUAUUCGUUCGAUGUUUUACUAAUAAGACAAGCAUGGAGACAGAAAUAGUUGAUAGGCUGGGAGAUGGUUUCUCCCGUGCCCCAUUUGCAACCGUCGUGGCUAUAUGCACUUCUGUUUCUGUUCUGGCUUGUGUUCCUUUGGGCGAACUUCUCUUUUUCCACAUCAUACUGAUUAGAAAGGGUAUUACGACGUAUGAGUAUGUAGUUGCUAUGAGAGCCAUGAGCGAGGCUCCUGGUGGAGCAGGAGGAUCUAUAGAGGAAGAAUUGCCAGAUAUCUUGUUAUCUCCUUCUGGAUCUGCUACAACUGGUUUCAGUGGUGGAAGUUCUCUCGGCUUGCCUUACAAGGGUGUCACAUGGUGCACCCCUCCCAAGGUCUUCGUUGACUACCAGGAAGAAGUUGUGCCUCACUUGGAACCUGGAAGGGUGCCUUCAACAAUUGAUCCUGAUGCAUCAGGAUUUCCAGGGAGGGGAAGCAGUAAACCACCUAAUAAAAAGGCUGUUAAAUUAAGCACUUGGAAGCUUGCAAAAUUGAACUCUCAAGAGGCCAUUAGAGCAGGAGAAAAAGCAAGGGCAUCUUCAUCUGUGAUGCGUCCUGCAGCAGAUAACCGCAAACAUUCAAUAGAUCCGGAGCUAAGUUCAAGUGGAAACCUUAGCAGCAUCAGGAGCAGCAGUGUAAGCACAGAAAAAGACGUUUAUAAGAAUGAUUUUAAAUCAUCGUCGCCACCUAUGAAGAACUCUUUCGCCCCUAGUCAGGGAAGCAGAGACGAAUAUGAAACCGGUACUCAUAGUGUUGGGAGUAGCUUCAGCAGCCCAAGUCACGUUCAUGAGCCUGUUUCACUAAGUCCCCUUCCACAGCUUCACAGCUACAGCCAAAUGGGCUUUAAUAAACUUCCAUUGAUGGAGAAGAAUGUUAGGUCGGGUGGUGAUCCAUUGACGCUCCCGGUUUCUACAGCAGCAGCAACAACAGCAUCUUCUUCUCUUCUUAGGGAUGUUAAAAAGACCUCUGUUGUAUGGGACCAAGAAGCUGGAAGGUAUGUUUCAAUCCCUGUAUCGGCUUCAGAAGCUCGGAAUAAGUUUAUUUCGCAAGCGGGCACUGUUUUCGAUAGAAGGCCUGCUGCUCUUCCUCGAGAAUCAUCUUCAGAACCGGAGAAGCUGACUUACACAGGCGAUUCUAUAUUCUUCGGUGGGCCAUUGUUGAGUCUUCCUCCAUUUAGAGAUGCAAGACGAAACAGCGAGAGCUCUAGUUUGCGGCAAGGUCAACAAGUGAUGUUGAACAUGCCUCGAGAAUCUAGAUUUAAGCGAGACGCCAACUCUAACCAGCUGCCGGUUUUCAUGCCUGUAAGUAUCGAAACACAGAACCGUCCUUCUGUCUCUGGUUUGAAGCAAUGAAUUAUUAUAAAUAGUUUUUUUAAGGUUUUGAUUGUUGGACGAGACCAUCGUCAAUCAGAGAUUGACAAACGACAUUGUUUGAGGCUGAAAUGUUUAUAUACAUAAUUCCUUUGAUCAACAA